AUGUUGACAAAGAACCCUGAAGACUAUCCAGACGCCAAGUUGCAACCCCACGUGCAGGUCGCCCUACGUUUCAAUCAGGCCACGAAUUUGGGCGGUGCUGCGGCGACUUCAAGUAGCCGGCGUUUCCGCGCUGGCGAUACUGUGGAGUACAUAAUCUGUGAGGACGGUACUAAUCGAUCUGCUGUCCAGCGUGCAUACAGUCCCGCCGAGAUGUCCGGUGAAUUUCGACUCACCAAGGCCGAUGCCGAAUCUGACAACCACGACGUACAGCCCGUCACCCUCAAAGUAGACGUACAAUAUUACUUGGCGCAUCAGAUCCACCCUGUUGUUUCGCGCCUCGUCGCGCCCAUAGAGGGCACCUCGCCAGCACAUAUUGCCGACUGUUUGGGUCUGGACCCGACUGUCUACCGUCGAACAAUGGCGUCCGCCGGCGAAGAGGGUCUUAACGAGGUAGGCACCCGAAAUGAACCUGAAUGUUAA